AUGAAGUCAUUCACUCCUAUCCUGGCACUUGGCCUCGCAGGCCUCGUGCAAUCCCUGGACAUGUCUUUCUACAAACCAGGAGCUGGCGUUGAGCCAGAAUUCAAGGCCUACGUCGAAGAACUCUACCGAUCCACAGAGGUCCCAGCCUACACCACCGAGUUCUCCAACUUCUUCACGCCCGAUGGACAACUCAUUGUACGCGGAAUCGUCGCCACUGGCUCCGACGAGAUCAUCGCUCUGAAGCAGAGACUCCUACCGCCGGCUGGCAACAAGCACUGGAACCAUCGUCCAAAUGCCACCACCGUUGACUCCGACUCCAGCACACAGAAGGUGUACCAGGUACUUGGCGUUAUUCAAGCCACCUACGAUGGCGUAAACUGCUCUCAGGCAUACUAUUCCACUCGCUUCACGGUGGUGAAGAAUGCGGGCGUGUUGUCCUUUGAGACGCACGCGGGAAACCUGGCCAAGUAUGAUGACUUUAUCAUCCAGCCAUCUGUGUCUCCCACCGACAUUGCAUGUGACCCUUAG